GUAAGCUAAUAACACACUAUAUUAUCUCCACAGCAGAUUCCAACAAAGCAGGAUUAAAACACAAGAAAAAGAAGAAGAAGAUGAUAAUAAUUAUUAAAUUCUGCUUCUUCGCCAUGGCCAUCCUCUGCGUUGCCCCUGCAAAUGCUCAGACACAAGGAGUAGUGUUCGGAUAUGGAGGGAAAAAUGGACCAAACCGAUGGGGACACUUAAACCCUCACUACACUAAAUGCUCGGUCGGUAAAUUGCAGUCUCCAAUUGAUAUACAAAGGAGACAAACGUUUUACAACCGCAGCUUGGAAUCGCUACACCGAGAUUACCACACCACCAACGCAACGCUCGUGAACCACGUCUGCAAUGUGGCGAUGUUCUUCGGGGAAGGAGCAGGAGAUGUGGUGAUAGACAAUAAAAACUAUUCCUUGAUGCAAAUGCAUUGGCACACUCCUUCUGAACAUCAUCUCCAUGGAGUCCAAUAUGCAGCUGAGCUACACAUGGUACACCAAGCAAAAGAUGGAAGCUAUGCUGUGGUAGCUAGCCUCUUCAAAAUCGGCAGUGAAGAGCCUUUCCUCUCUCAGAUGAAGGAUAAAUUGGUGAAGCUAAAGGAGGAGAGACGCAAAGGGAACCAAACAGCACAAGUGGAAGUAGGAAAAAUAGACACAAGACAUAUCGAACGUAAGACUCGAAAGUACUUCAGAUACGUUGGUUCACUCACUACUCCUCCUUGUUCCGAGAACGUAUCUUGGACCAUUCUUGGCAAGGUGAGGUCAAUGUCAAAGGAACAAGUGGAACUUCUCAGAUCUCCACUGGACACUUCUUACAAGAACAAUUCAAGACCUUGUCAACCCCUCAACGGCCGGAGAGUUGAGAUGUUCCAUGAGCUCGCCACCGAGAAACAAGAAACCUCCAGCAAAAAGAAAAAACCCAAUUAAGUUUUACAUUGCCUAUCGUUGUAUUCGAAACUCUAAGUAGCCUAAAAUUUUUAGCCUUGUAAUAAUACUAGGAAGAAUAAAAAUAAUCAUAUAUAGUAUAAUACUAUGUUCUGUUUACUACUUGA